CAGCACCCAACGUGGGGAAUUAACUAACGCUUUUUGGCAAAAACACAAGCCCUGUGAUGUGACGAAUGCAACACACAAAACGGAAGAAAAAAUCGCAAUGCCAGAUGCACCGUACUCACCCUUCUAAUCAACCAUUCCUUUUCUCCUCCACAGCCACCCUUCGGACUAUCCCAUCCAAUCAUCCACCCUAUUGUAGAUAUCCACACCUCAGGAUAAAUGUUACCAUCAUACACCCAAAAACAUAAGAUUCCAAUCCUUGUGAAUUUCUAUGCCCAACUUUUCGUUUCUCCUUGUUUAAUAUUAGAGAAAUUUUGGGUUGUCGGCAGAACCUUUGGAUAAUCCAGUGAUAUUUCACUCUAAUCCGGGCAACACUUUUCUGGUUGGAAACCAUGAAUUCCAGCUUUAAGAAGCUCUAUCUCAAACGCUUUCUUCGGGUGCUGAAAAGCCUCAGAAAGGGCACGAGAGGCAGUCAAGGAAGUGGAGAUGAAGUUGCAGAGGUUCCGUGUUCGAGUCGCACUAUAAAGCUGGCAGCCGAUGUCUCACUUGCCCUCACUGCAAACCGCUCAGCCUGGGGCCGCGCCCUGCUUAACAGAAUAUCCAGCGAUGAGAAGAAAAGGCCUGUUCUCAGAAAUGCUCUGGAGCCAAGUAAAUUUAAGGCAGUAAUGGCACAGAGGGCAAAAUACCAGUCUUGUUUGAUGUUGCGGGCAAGUUUAAAACAAGCCCAUAUGCAGCACCACAAGAUUUGUUCAAGACAGAGUAGCUUAUCAUUAUAUCGUUUUUUGUGCUCUAAGAGAAUCGAACCUGCAACGUCCUCAGAGGUGGAGGAGUUUAAGAGACGUACAAGGCAGCUCAAAAGGUUAAUUCCAGGUGGAAAAUCAAUGGACAUGCCCUGUUUGCUCGGAGAAACUGCCCAUUACAUCGCAUAUCUCACAGGACAGGUACAAGUACUGCAAUCUCUACUAAAUUCUGCGAUAUAAUAACAAGCACCCAGCUUGAAUAUACGACAGAUAAAAACAAUAUCGCCACAGCUAAAUAACAGCUGCAGUUC